UGUGAGCUUUUGGCGAGGGCCCCGGACAUGAAGAAGGCAACCCCUCCGAUGGUGGCGGCUGUGGAGAGGAAGUGGCUGCUGCCACUGGUGGCCAGCACCUUGGUCUCCAUCGCCUUGUUCCUGGCCACCUCCAUCAACUUUGGGCGAGCCAAUCUCUCCCACCUCAACUUGUUCGUGGAGCAGCAGCAGCCACAGCGCGCCCAGCAAUCCGGCAGCGACCCCAUCCGCCAGCUGCCUGCGUCCGACUUCCCGCCACCUCCGCGCCUGGCCUACUUGAUCUCGGGAACCAAAGGCGAUGGCAACCGCAUGCGGAGAGUUCUGCAGGCGCUCUACCACCCGCGCAACCAGUACGUGCUGCACCUGGACCUGGAGGCGCCGCCCCGGGAGCGAGUGGAGCUGGCGCGAUAUGUCAAGAUGGAUCCAACUUUCGGCGACGUCAAGAACGUGCAUGUGAUUGGCAAGGCCAACCUGGUGACUUACCGAGGCCCGACCAUGGUGUCCUGCACGCUCCAUGCCGCCGCCAUCCUUCUUCGCCAGAGCCCCGACUGGGACUGGUUUAUCAACCUCAGCGCCUCGGAUUACCCCCUCGUUACCCAGGACGAUUUGCUUCAUGUCUUGUCAUACUUGCCCAAGGAUCUCAACUUUAUAGACCACACCAGCGACAUCGGGUGGAAAGAGUUCCAGAGGGCGAAGCCACUCAUUGUUGAUCCCGGAUUGUACCUCAACAAAAAGAGCGAUGUUUUUUGGGCCACCCAGAGGAGGUCUCUUCCUACCGCAUUCAAACUCUUCACAGGGUCGGCGUGGGUGGGAUUGUCCCGAGCGUUUGUGGACUAUACCGUCAUGGGAUGGGACAAUCUUCCCAGGACACUGCUCAUGUACUACACCAACUUUAUAUCCUCACCCGAGGGAUACUUCCACACGGUCAUCUGCAACUCGCGGGAGUUUCGAAACACCACCGUCAACCACGACUUGCACUACAUCGCGUGGGACAACCCCCCGAAGCAGCACCCGCUCACGCUCACGUCCAAGCUCUUCAAGAACAUGACCAGCAGCGGCGCCCCGUUCGCGAGGAAAUUCGCGCGAGAGGAUCCGGUGCUGGACAAGAUCGACAAGGAGCUCCUGAGACGCGUUCCCGGCCGCUUUGUGCCCGGAGGCUGGUGUUUGGGAUCGUCCGACAGUGGCGAGGACCCUUGCCUGACGGUGGGCGAUUCGUCCGUCCUUCGUCCCGGCCCGGGAGCUAAGAGGUUCGAGAAGCUCAUUCUCCAAGUUGUGUCGUCCAAAACAUUCCGCUCCAACCAAUGCAAAAUGAGGCGGUGAUCUCUUCCUCCACCAGCAUUGCAUUGCAUUACAUUGCAGCAGCGCGUGUAAAUCUUCCCUCCACGACUGUAUUUUUUAAAGAUAGGGUUGCUUUCUUCGUCA